UUUGGACUUUGAGGGUGGUGGAAGCGGGUAUAAAUCUGAGCUGCUCUAGGUUCACAGAUACUUACAGGAAGAGACACACAAACAGACAGGAUGGAUGUGAAGCUGCAGUUUCUGACUGUUGUCAUUCUCUCCUCACCGAUCCUCACACUAUGUGACCCACUAUUUGUUCUGUCAGCUCCUAAUUUGCUGAGGGUGGGUUCCUCAGAGAACGUGUUUGUGGAGGCUCAGGAUUACUCUGGAGGAAACCUGACUGUGUGGAUCACAGUAAAGAACUUCCCGAAAAAAGACACGGAGAUACUGUCUAAAUCAGUAAGACUGACUGCAGCCAACAAUUUUCAGAUCCUUACAGAAAUAAAGAUUCCUGAUGAUCAGCAAUUAUUUUCUGAAGAUCCUCUGGAGAAGCAGUAUGUGUAUCUACAAGCUGCAUUUCCAUCCACCACUCUGGAGAAAGUAGUUAUGGUUUCAUUCCAGUCUGGAUAUAUAUUUGUACAAACCGACAAGCCCAUCUACACACCUGAUAGCACAGUUCAUUACAGGAUUUUCUCUCUGACGGCCAACAUGAAACCACUCAGUGAGUCUGGAAUCAAAGUGGAAAUCAAGAAUUCACAAGGCAUCACAGUUUCAUCAGAGUACAUUAAACCAGUCAAAGGGAUGAAGUCCGGAAAAUACGCCAUUCCUGAGAUUGCCAGUCCUGGGAUCUGGAAGGUGGUCACAAAGUUCUCAAACACUCCUCAGAAGAUGUUUACUGCAGACUUUGAGGUCAAAGAAUAUGUGCUUCCGACAUUUGAAGUGAAAUUAAAACCCAGUAAGUCAUUCUUCUAUGUGUGGGAUGAGAGUCUGAAGGUCAACAUUGAAGCCAAGUACCUGUUUGGACAGAAGGUGGAUGGAAAUGCAUUUGUGGUGUUUGGUGUGAUGGACGGUGAGAAGAAAACAAGUAUUCCUACAUCUCUGCAAAAAGUUCAGAUCGUGAAAGGAGAGGGUACUGCAGAACUGACCAAUCAGAUGAUCAUCGAGACCUUUACAAACAUUAACCAGCUGGUUGGACGAUCAAUCUAUGUUUCUGUCAGUGUUUUAACAGAAAGUGGAAGUGAAAUGGUGGAAGCAGAAAGGAGAGGCAUUCAGAUUGUGACAUCACCGUACACCAUCCACUUCAAAAAAACACCACACUUCUUCAAACCUGGAAUGCCCUUCAGUCUCUCGGUCUACAUAACAAACCCUGACCAGACGCCUGCUGAAAAUGUGGAAGUGGAGGUCAAUCCUGGAAAGGUCAGCGGUCGAACAACAGCCAACGGCAUUGCGAAGGUUAUUGUCAACCCUGUAGGAGGAUCUUCCACACUGGAGAUCACUGCAAAGACCAAAGAUCCACAAUUAAAAAGAGACGAUCAGCAGGCAGAGAAGAUGAUGACGGCUCAGGUCUACAAGACCCAAAGCGACUCCAAAAACUACCUGCACAUCGGCAUUGAUGCUGCAGAGCUUAAGAUCGGUGAUUCAGUGACAGUGAAUCUAAACACUGGACAAAGCCCAGGAGUCAAAAAUCAAAGCUGCACAUACAUGAUCUUGAAUAAAGGUCAGAUUAUAAAAGUAGACAGGUUUAAGCAAAGAGGACAAUCUCUAGUGUCUCUGUCUCUGCCUGUAACCAAAGACAUGGUGCCUUCCUUCCGCUUUGUGGCUUAUUAUCAUGUGGGCUCGUCUGAGGUGGUGUCUGAUUCAGUCUUGGUCGAUAUGAAGGACACGUGCAUGGGAACGCUCCAGCUUAAGGUGAAGGACAAGAUGAAUACCUAUGACACAGGAGAUGAGGUCAAGCUGCAGAUAACUGGAGAUCCUGGAGCUAAAGUUGGUCUGGUGGUGGUUGACAAGGCUGUGCACAUCCUUAACAAAAACAGACUCACUCAGACUCAGAUCUGGGACGUCAUAGAGAAGCAUGACACCGGCUGUACGGCAGGAGGUGGAAGGGACAGUAUGGGGGUUUUCACUGAUGCAGGUCUGAUGUUUGAGUCCAACACUGCAGGAGGCACCAACACCAGAACAGUGCCUGAAUGUCCUGUCCCUGCAAAGAGAAAACGAAGAGCUGAGAGUCUCCUGACGAUCACUAGUACACUGGCUGGUAAAUACUCCGGUGAACUGAAGCAGUGCUGUGUUGAUGGGAUGAGGAAUAACAAACUCGGCUACACAUGUGAACGGCGGGCCACAUACAUCAUAGAUGGACCAGAGUGUGUCAAGGCCUUCCUGGACUGCUGCAUUGAGAUGAAAACCCACAAAAACAUGAAAACCGAAGAGAAGGAGCUGAUUCUGGCUCGUAGUGAGGAUGAUGAUGACUAUUAUAUAGACUACGAAGAGUUUGUGUCACGUACACAGUUCCCUGAGAGUUGGCUUUGGGAGGAGGUCAAUCUACCCACUUGCAAAAACAUACCCUGUGAAACAACAUCAGUCACAAAACAGAUGUUCCUGAAAGACUCUAUUACUACCUGGCAGAUCUUGGCUGUCAGUCUGUCACCAACACUUGGCAUCUGUGUGGCAGAACCUGAGGAAAUAGUUGUUUUUAAGAGCUUUUUCAUUGACCUCAAGAUGCCUUACUCAGCUGUGCGCGGAGAACAACUGGAAAUCAAGGCCAUUAUUCACAACUACACCUCAAAGAAGAUGCAAAAGGUGCGUCUCGACUUUAUGGAGACAGAAGAUGUUUGCAGCUCUGCCAGUAAGAAAGGCAAAUACAGAACAACAGUAUCUGUUGACCAAGAAUCCAGCAUAGCCGUUUCAUAUGUGAUUAUUCCCAUGACUUUGGGAAGUCAUAAUAUUGAGGUGAAAGCUGCAGCAUUUGAUUUCUCUGAUGGAAUGAGAAAGAAGCUGAAGGUGGUGCCUGAGGGUGUGUGGUCUGAAAUUCACGGUGAAUCAUUAGAGCUCAAUCCCGCCAUGACUGGGGAAAAACCUUUAGUUCUUAAAGCUGCAAUACCAGAUAAUCGGGUUCCAGACACACCUGCUAACACGUACAUCUCAAUUACUGGUGAAGAGAUCAGUCAGACAGUCGCACAGGCCAUCAAUGGAAGCUUCAUGGGUCGCCUUAUUUUCCAGCCCUAUGUAUGUGGAGAGCAGAACAUGAUCAGUAUGACUCUACCUGUCAUUGCCACUCAUUAUCUGGACAACACAAAUCAGUGGGAGACUGUUGGCAUGGAGCGCCGUAAUGAAGCCAUCAACCAUAUCGACAAAGGUUAUCAAGGACAGCUGAGCUACCGGAAAGACGAUGGAUCGUAUGCUAUCUUGAAAUCAACGCCGAGCAGCACAUGGUUGACAGCAUAUGUGGCCAAAGUCUUUGCAAUGGCAAAUAACUUAAUUCCUAUAGAGGAUAAUGUGCUCUGCAGCGCUCUCAAGUGGCUGGUUCUCCACAAGCAACUGCCAGAUGGAUCCUUUAAAGAGGAUUCAGCUGUACAUCAAAGCGAGAUGGUGGGUGGCGAAAAGGACAAAGAUGCCGAUGCUUCUCUGACAGCUUUUGUCGUGAUUGCCAUGCAAGAGGGCAUAAAUAUCUGUGCUGAAUCAGUUAGUAAUCUGCAUGAAAGUAUCACGAAGGCUGUUUCCUUCUUGGAAGGUCGACUUCCAAAACUGAACAAUCCUUAUGCUGUUGCGUUGACGUCCUAUGCCAUGGCCAAUGUGAACAAACUCAAGAAAGACAUCUUGAUGAGACAUUCCACCAAAGGAGAAGGUCGGUAUUGGACUAUCCCUGGACAGGAAUAUCACUCAGUAGAAGCGACGGCUUAUGCUGUGCUGGCACUUGUGAAGGCAAAAGAGUUUGAUACAGCAGGAGAGGCAGUACACUGGCUGAACAGACAACAGACUUACUAUAGUGGUUAUGGCUCCACACAGGCAACCAUCAUGGUGUUCCAGGCCUUGGCAGAGUAUCACACGCAGGUGAAGGACAAACAAAAUUUAAAUCUGGAGGUGGAGCUGUCGGUGCAAGGGAGAAGAAAACCUGUCAGGUGGAUCAUUAAACAAAAUAAUGUGCAUCUUACACGGUCAGACAGGAUGGACUUAAACAGGGACUUCACUGUAACUGCAAGAGGAACUGGAAAAGCCAUUCUCUCAGUUCUUAAGCUGUACUACGCCAGACCUGUUGAGAAGAAGUCUGACUGUACAUUCUUUAAUCUGACUGUUAAUAUGAAGAAAGACCCUGAAACAAAACAAGGAGCCAAUGCAAGCUACAACUUCAUUAUGGGUUUUGUCUACAAAAAUAAUCAAACUGAUGCCACCAUGACUAUUCUUGACAUUGGCUUACCGACUGGAUUUGAUGUUGAAGAAAGUGAUCUUAAAGAGUUGUCUUCAGGGAAGGAGAGAUACAUUCAGAAAUAUGAAAAUAAUAAAGUUCUUUCAGAGCGAGGAUCCCUCAUCCUAUACUUAAAUAAGGUUUCUCAUAAAGAGAUGGAAACAAUUGCUUUCAAAAUGCGCCAGACGUUUAAAGUGGGUUUGCUACAACCUGCUGCAGUCACGAUAUAUGAAUAUUAUUCACCAGAUAAACGCUGUACAAAGUUCUACCACCCUGAAAGGGAAGAUGGCGCUCUAUACAGACUGUGUAAAGGAGAUUUGUGCAAGUGUGCAGAAGAAAACUGCACUUUCCAAAAGAAAAACAACACCGAAGAAGAGCGUUUCACUAAAGCCUGUGAAGGUGGCAUGGAUUAUGUUUAUAAAGUCACAGUGGAGAGAAUCGAUCUGAAUCAGGACUCUGACAUCUAUGACAUGAAGGUGGAGCUUGUAAUAAAACAAGGCACAGAUGAGGACGUUGAAGGAAAAGUGAGAUCAUUUUUGGCUCGUCCCAGUUGCAGAGAACAUUUAGGAUUGGUGCAAGGCAAGUCAUACCUCAUCAUGGGCAAAUCCGUUGACCUGCCGAUGCUCGGGGGAAUUCUGCAGUACAUCUUUGGAGAGCAGACCUGGGUUGAAUAUUGGCCUACAAGAGAGGAAAGCCAAGCAAAUAAAGAAUACAGGAAUCAAUACAUCGCCAUCGCUGAGCUCCAGAACAGCCUUCUCAAUUAUGGAUGUGAUUCAUAAUUAUAUAACAUCUGUUCAAUGAUUACACAAAAUUAAACAUGAUUACUAGCAUGCUCUCAUUAAUAAUAUUAUAUUGUUAAACAAUGUUGUUUGGGCAAAAAUACUUUUGUAAAUAAUUUAGUAAAAUGGUGGCUGAAUGAAACUUGAGAAUGUUCAUUUUAGACCACUGCCUAAUUAAUAAUUGUUGUUUUUAAAAAUGCCUUGCAAGAAUGAUUAUGAUUAUGUUUUAUUCUGAAUCACAAAUCCAACAUUAUAAUUAGCUUUGUGUGAAAUUUGGAAUAUGUGUAAUAAUUUUAAUAGCCAUAAGCGACUUUAAAUGAUCAUUUCUGAUUUCUUAAUAGAUAAUCUGAAUGAAAUUUGAGUAAAUAAAGUCUAAACAUUAUUCAAAAGAAAAAAAAAAAGAACAUUUAAACAUGUAAAUGAAAUAAAAUAAAUAGGUCCAGAUGAUUAUACCUGACAUUUGCUUUCUAAAUGGAUUUGAUGUUAAUGAAAUAAAGAUCUUUAAGAGCUU